AUGAUAGAGUGGCAAGAUGUUUACAAGGUGGUGGUAGCCAUGGUACCACUAUACGUAGCCCUAAUGUUAGGCUAUGGUUCAAUAAAGUGGUGGAAGAUCUUCACCCCUGAACAAUGCGAUGCCGUGAACCGCCUCGUCUGCUACUUCACCCUCCCUCUCUUCACCUUUGAGUUCGCCGCCCACGUUGAUCCUUUCAAAAUGAACUACAAAUUCAUCGGCGCAGACGCAAUCUCCAAAGUCAUCAUAGUGGCUGUGCUUGCCUUUUGGGCUAAAUGCAGUAGCAAAGGAAGCUAUUGUUGGUCCAUCACAAGCUUUUCUUUGUCUACAUUGACUAAUUCUUUGGUUGUAGGUAUUCCUCUUUUGAAAGCCAUGUAUGGGCAGAUCGCCAUCGACUUGGUUGUUCAAUCAUCUGUAGUUCAGGCCAUCAUAUGGCUCACGGGUUUACUUUUCGUAUUGGAAUUUAGGCGGAGUUGGAGUACUGGAACUGAUGAUGUUGUUGUUGAAGAUUUGCCGCCACCGGGGAAAGAUUUGGAAGGGAAUAAUAAUGUUAAUGGCAAUGGGAAUGGUGUAGGUGUGGUGGUUAGUAGUGGGACUAAGCCAUCAUUUUGGUAUUUGAUGAGGGGUGUUUGGAUGAAACUUGCUCUCAAUCCUAACUCUUAUGCUUGCAUUGUUGGACUCGUUUGGGCUUUCUUAUCCAACAGGUUUCAUUUUGAAAUGCCCAGUAUAAUGGAAGGAUCAAUACUAAUCAUGUCAAGAGCUGGAACAGGCACAGCCAUGUUUAGCAUGGGGCUAUUCAUGGCGAUGCAAGAGAAAGUAAUAGCGUGCGGAGUGAGUCUAACUGUGUUUGGGAUGGUUUUGAGGUUUAUAGCUGGUCCCGCUGCCAUGGCUAUUGGUGCUAUUGCUGUUGGUUUGCAUGACGAUGUCCUCCGCAUUGCUAUCAUCCAGGCAGCACUGCCACAAUCCAUCACCUCCUUCAUAUACGCGAAAGAAUAUGGAUUGCAUGCGGAUGUGCUUAGCACUGCGGUAAUCUUUGGGAUGAUGGUGUCCCUUCCAGUGUUGAUAGCUUAUUAUGCAAUUUUAGAGUUUCUACAUUGACCCCUCUCAAUCUGUUCCAUUUAACAAUUUGGAGCAAAAUCCAGGGAGAGUUUGUUGAUUCUUCUAUUUUCUUCUUGUUGCGAUACUUAGACAGAGCUAAAUUAUACUUAAAUGUGUUUAAGAUCUUCUAAUUAGUGCUAUUAAUAUUUGAUGUUGUCCUUUCAAAUUUUUAGUCCUAACCAUAAAGGGACUUCUAGAAUGGUUUUAGGAAGUUCUUAUAUGAAAUUUUGCAAAAGUCCUUUCUAUUA